AUGACGACAUUGAAGAAUGCAUGUUCUUCACCUGUUUCUUUAGUAGUAAAUAAAUAUUUGAUAAUUACAGUUUGCUGUCCUCUCUUGUCUCAGUUGACGCUUCCGAGACGUGCGCCGUCUUCCACGAACUUCCAGCAGUGUUCUAUCCUUCGAAGGGUCAGCUCCACCUGUCCCGUUGACGGAUUCAUCUUUUGCGAUGCGGCUCCUGAUACGAAUGUAAACCAAUACUUUAGCCCUCUGCACCAUAAUCAUUAUCGAUCUGAGAACACCACAGCAAAAUGUGGUGUCCUCAUCGAAGUAAAAGUCUUCUGCUUAAAUGGUGUUUGGGUGGCUCGAACGGCACCGAACGCCAUUACGAAUGUGACGAUCUCCCAGGUUUGUAACUAG